AUGAAAUUUUUUUUUCUGCUCUUGAUGUUCUUUUUCCCCACACACAUAUUUCUGCUACCUCUUCAUUCUUUUUAUUUUAUUUUAUUUUACUUUGAUUCUUCUGUAUGCAUAUAUAUAUGCACGCUUUAUUUCUGCAUGAGGUGUGGUGUUGUUUGCUUUCACUCGACACAAUUUUAUUUUUGCGUAACGGACGUUUUGCUCCACGCACCGCCCUCCAUGCUCUCCAGCACCGCUGGCUACACGAGACGGUCGCGCGUUCUUGGAAGACGCCGCGAUGAUACGACGUUGUGCUCGACGUUGUGUCCGGCGAUGCGGACGAGGGGCUCCUGCCGUAUUUAUGCGCGGGAGGCGUCGGUCCGCGCCUCAGUUGCCGCGGAAAAGGAGGAAGAACUUCUUCGCAGCGCCACAGAACUGUUUAGGUUGCAGGAGGAAGUAAUGCAGGACGGCGCCGCCGCAGACGAACGUCAACGCACCGCCGCCAUUGAAAGUAUCGUGGCCGAACUGAAGUGUGAGAAGUCGUAUGAGAAUUGGAGCCUUGACGCCGCGGUGGCGGAGCGCAUGGCAUCGCUGCGGUUGCGGUGCUGUCCAUAUUCCCACAGGCGCGAGUUGCAGAUGGAUCUUCGCCAGUCAAAGCGAAGGGAUACGGCAAAAAUGGAAGAGGCAAAUGAAAAACAGGAGGCGAAUGAAAAGCGACCAAAAAAAGGGGUUAUCGCGGCGCGGCAGCGUGUCUUUAUUAGCCUCUCGCCGCUACAGAAAUGUGUGGCGUGCUUACUGUGGCAGGGGAGUUUCGAGGUGCCCCAGAGGGUUGUGUGUGAUGUGCGGCGUCGCUUAGAGGCGGAGAUGCUUCUUGACGGUUGUGAUGCGGAUGGCGUCGACGUGGAGGCGGAGGAGGAGCGGGUGGUGACUGUCACCGUCUUCCGCCCGUCCCUCGGCGUUGUGGACCUCUCAUCCAUUCCACAAAUCGUUGCGUACGUGUCGCAGCAUCCGGACGACGCCGUUAUUCGUCCUAGGACGGCGGCUUAUUUUACAGGCAGCAAUACGCUCCGGUUUCCACGUGGCGUGUCGGAGAAGGAGAUUGACAUUGGCUCCCCGGCAUGUGCACAUGAGUUGGUGGAGGCCAUCGUGUGGACAUUCAACUGGAUGAAUGACGAAGCCACACAACAGCAGCAGAAGCAGCCAGUGGUGUUGCGUUCCCUCACCAUGCGUCGAUGUGCCAUGAGGACUGCGGACGCCCUCAUCAACGCCCUACGUAAGCACCAGCUGGACACCACCCUAAUCGCUCUGGACAUGAGCGACAAUCGACUUAUGAGUCUUCGCUUCCUCUUCUUACUCCGUACCCACUUUUCAAGUCGGCUGCUGCGUCUCUCGCUUGAGAACAACCCCAUCACACGCAAGCCGGAGUACCGGGAGCAGGUACGCAAUUCGCUGCCGAAGCUUACAAGCCUUGACGGCAGGCCGAUUCGCCGUCCACCGCUCUCGACGCCGCAUCCAAGGGUGGUGUCGUACACAUGCACCGCCACGCAAGACACGCCGGGCCGCCAGGUGAUUUCUGUUGAAGAGUUGAAGGAGGUAUUAAAAGGAGUUUCGCGGUUCCUGUACGUGUGGGAGACACGCCGUGUGCCAUGGACAUCAGCGGAGCUGAUGUAUCAACGGCAACAACAGCAGCGCCAGACCUCCGACGAUGAACAACAACUGAGGGGAAACAAUAGAGUGAAGUUUUUUCGGCCGCCAGAGGAAGAGCUUGAUGACAACAAUUUCCAUCACCGCUUUUUACAUCCUUCGGCCACGUUCUCCAUGAGUCUUCAAGAAGGUCUUGCGUUCUUUGACCCUGCCAAGAUGCGACUUGCCACAGAGGUGGAAAUGGACGACGAGUACACAGGGAUGCGUCUCUCCCCGCUGGACGUGCGGGACCUCGGGGUAUUUGAUGUCGCCAUGAAAGGCAACAGCCGCAAUCUGCUAAUGGGGCGCUCCGUUCUGCACCGCUUUGCUCGUGGCUCACUGAACUGCUACACGGCGUACAACUACAGCCUGUACCCGCAGCGGCUGGAGGUGUGUCAUCAUCUUGGUAAUGCGGUUGUGUCGGUGUCGAAGAUCACAGACACCGCCCCAUCGAUGAGGGAAAACAUCCCCACAACGGCAGUCUCAGUGGAAGCAACGAGGGUGGAAGAAGAGUCAGACUCACCAAAGCAGAAACGCCGAAAGAAACGACGUUUGGAAGCAACGCGACCCCAUUCUCCUCCACUUUCUUCUUCAAGAACAACUGCGAGAACAACAACAGUUGGGGCACCCUUCUCCACUAGGAAUGAUCAGCGAAAGCCGACUUUCUACAUUGUAACGAUUCACGGCAUGAUGUCAUGGCGGGCGCCAACCAUGAAACGCUCUGAGUGCAUUCUCGCUGCCUAUGAUCGUGUGAUGACGUUUGUUGAGAACGCCCUGCCGCCAACGAACCCAAUUGAGAAAAGGCGUAGUGCACCGCUGCUUCUCUUCAACGACCAGGUGCAUCUCCGCAAUGCCACGAACGGCCAUCUGGCGUGGUUCGUGGCGCAGACAGAGGAGCGGGUGGCGCGGCUUGUUGUUGAGUACGGCCUUGAGGCCUGCGCAGAUGGCGAGGCCCUCGUCCGUGCGGUGGUGGAAAGGGCAAGUAGCGAUGCCGCUGCCAGCGGUGCUAUGCACAUUCUGACGUUUGGCCUGGGCUCCAAAGGUGCCGAGGAGGAAGAGGAAGAAUCGGGGCACGAAGACAGUGGUGAUGCGAACGGUGGCUGCGACGCGUGCAUGUCACGCCACUUUGACAUUUUUUCUCUUCUUUCAGUGGAGAGGCCUUCAACCCGGCGGGAUGACGGAAAAGAGAAGGACGACGACGAUGAAGAGACCGGGGUGGUGGCGGAGGAGGGCGUCCCCCACCGUGUGACGCUUGCGCAGGUGGAUGCGACAGUGGCCGCAAUGAACAGGCGAUACACCGCCGUCUUUGCCCCUUCUGCCGCGCUGUGCCAGAGGGAGGCGGAAGAAAAUACAACCCCGCACGGAGAGGGGUCGUAA